AUGGGUCAUGAGAGUCCUCUUCUAGUUAUUAUUUUAUUUUCAUUCUUGUUAAGAAGUGAGGCAUGGGGAUGGUUUUCAUCAUUCAAGGAGACUCCCUCCAGUGACAGGACUUUUUCCAAUGGAGGCAAUUUUAGAGGUUCUAGUGCGGAGUUCUCUAUUGAGGCCUUCAACGACCAAAAGGGAAUGAAGUUAGUAGAUAAUGCUAAGAAGAAAAUGAUUAGCUCAAAUUCUUGUUGGCAAAAUGCAUAUGAACAUCUUUUUGCUGGGUGUUCUGAGAUCUUGGCUGUUGAUGAGAAGAGAUCUAGAUUAGCUUGGCAUCUAAGUGAUUGCUUCCAGAGGGAUUCUGGCAGAUCUCCCUUUCCACACUGUGACACCAAAGCUUCUAUUGCUUCGUGCUUAAGAACCUUAGACGACCUUGCCCAUAAGGUUUAUCUUGAAUUCUACCUUGAAACCAACACCAUUUGUUAUCAGUUACAGGCAUAUGCAUUCAAACAUGAAACUGAGAGACUUGUGACUGAAUUAAAAAGUUCAGCCCAGUAUGUUGAGGACAGGUUAGAUAGCAUUGAAGAGAAAUCAGAACAUCUAUUACAAGGCUCUAAAAAGAUUCAUGAUUCUCUUGAUUCAAUUGGUAGCCACACUCAACAAGUAGCUCAAACUGCUAGAAAUCUGGAAGGUCACAUAGAUUCUGUAUUAAUACAUUCAAAGAGUGUCUACGAGCAGACUACAAAAAUUGCACUAUCACAGUCACAGUUACAAGAAGGGCAAGAGGAUAUGAAGAGAAGUUUGGAGGAUGGGGUAACAGUGCUCAAAGAAUCUUAUAAUUAUUUGGGCAAAGAAAUUGAAAAGUUAAGAGACGAAGCCAUUGAUAUUGAGAAUGAGGUAAUUAAAGUUGGAGAUGCUAUGUCAUCAAAGAUGAACACCCUGCAAAGCAAAGCUGAAGAUAUUGGUAAAAUGGCUGGGAUUUCCUUAGAUAAGCAACAGAAACUUUUAGAUGGGCAAUCCACAGCACUUGAGAGCCUAAACUCAUUGACGGAGUUUCAAUCCAAAGCACUGGAAGAGAGCAGGAAAACCCUACAGUAUUUCGCUGAAUAUGGGCAUAGACAACAUGAAGAGCUUGUUCAGCGUCAGGAACAGAUUCAAGGAUUUCAUGAUCGUUUGAUGGAAAAUUCAAAGUCAAUAUUGUCUUCUCAGGAAUCUUUUGAAUCCAAGCAGGCUUCCAUGUUUGUUGUUUUAGACAGGAUUUUUGCUUUGCAAAAUGCGUUGUUACUUGAAUCAAGAAUGAUCAAAGCUUUCUUCGUUUAUUCCAUAUCAAUCUUUGUCAUCUUCAUGUUGACUAGUACGAAGCAAACAUACAACAUGAGACCGUUCCUAUAUAUUGAGCUUUUAGCAACUUUAUUUGUGGAAGUACUCAUUAUUCGUUUAACAAGUGACAACAUUGAGCACCAAACCUGGAUAAUAAACAUGGCCAGAUUAUUUUUCAUGGUAGCUGCAUCGGUUCAACUGCUACAUGCCAUUUUCACUUACAAGGACUAUGAAACAUUGAACCAUCAAAUGCUGCUAACUCUGAUAAACAAGGUUAACACCAUGCAAAAACAAAAUCAAUUGUCAUGGGAAGAGGAUACUGAUUACGAGGAUUGGUCUGAAUGGGUAGAUGCUGAUUUACCCGAAGAUGUGAAUUGCCUUGAUGAUCCUGAUUACAUACUUCCAGAAGAAGUUGCAGAGAAUUCAAUUACAGCUAUGAAAAAUUAUAAUCUACGCUCUCGCAAUCUUUUUCAUUGA